AUGGAUUCUGUAAAAGAAAAUAAUUUUUAUGUAGGUGAAGUGUGGGUACAAUGUGAGAACAGGAGCUGUUUAAAAUGGAGACUGUUACAGCAAGAUGAUGUAAAAAAUAUUGAUUCUAGUACACCAUGGUACUGUUAUAUGAAUGUUGAUCCACGGUUUAAUAAAUGUUCUGUUGCUGAAGAAUAUUUUCCUGAGGAGUCUCAAUUUCGAAAACAUGGAUUAAAAUAUGUUUAUUCAAAGCUUCCAUUAGGAAGCUUAGUUUUGGCAAAAAUGAAAACAUGGCCAAGAUGGCCUGGCAUUCUUUCUCCUGACCCUGUUGAUGGACAGUAUGUGAUACAUGAUUUAAAUGGGAAUGUUGAAAGUCAUCAUGUAGAGUUUCUGGGGAAUCCCCAUUCCAGGAGUUGGACUGCCAUAAACUACAUUGAUCCUUAUCCCAGUUCAUUUAAGGCAGAUGUAUGUAAGAGGAAAAAAGCCUGGUAUGAGAGUGCAUUGGAAGAGGCAAACAAAUUGCUUGCAUGUUCUACACAGCAAAGGCUCAACAAAUGCUACCUAUCAAAAAAGGGUACAGUAAGUGACAAAGAAGCCAAAAGAAAAAUUGAUAGAAUAAAAUGUAGAAAAAUGAUAAAAAGUUGUACAAAAAUAUGUGGGAAGAAAACUAGCUGCAAAAAUGGAAGAAAGAGAAAGCAAAGAACAUUAACAUAUCCUUCCAAAAUAGCAAGGUCAGAAGAUAUCCUAUCAAGAGAAAGCCUAGUUGUAACCGAGACAGAAAUUAUACUGAAAGAUUUAGACAAAAUUCUCAAUCAAGUAGUAGUCACCUCCAAGCCUUCUGAAUCAUCUGGGGAUGGAGAGGACAAUAAUGAGACAGAAGAGAUACUUAACUGCUGUACAGAAGUUAGUGAAGAAAGAAGACCAAUGGAAAUCAACACUCAAGAAGACUGUAUUAUAAUUGAUGGGAAAGCUUUCAAGGCUGGAGAGUGCAUUGAGAGCAUAACAGAACAGUUUAAAGAAAUAGAUUCUUUAAUGGCUAACUUCCAAGGCAGCUUGUAG